AUGUUCAAGCAAGAGUCCAGUAGCACAAAGCCAGAGCCAGUGAAGGAAGAGGCGCCCAUGUGUGAAGUCCACAAAGAAGAAAAGAUUAACAUUUAUUGUGUGACCCAUGGGGUGCCAACCUGCUCCAUGUGCAAGGUGUUUGGGGCACACAAAGACUGUGUUGUGGAACCCAUUAGCAGCAUUUUCCAGACCAAGAAGACAGAGCUCAGUGAUGGGAUUGCCAUGAUGGUUGGGACUAACGACCGGAUGCAGGGCAUCAUUAGUCAGUUGGAGGAAGCGUGUCGUGCAAUAGAGGAAAAUAGCUGUAGACAGAAGACCUUGCUGUGUGAGAAGUUUGAUCACUUGUACUCAAUCCUGGAGGACAAGAAGAGGGAGAUGUUUCAAAAAGUUGUUGUAGAACAAGAUGAGAAAGUGAACUACAUUCGGGGACUCACCAGGAAGUACGGAGACCACCUGGAGGAGAGCUGUAAGAUUGUGGAGACCGGCAUCCAGACCAUGGAGGAGCAGGAGCAGGCUGUUUUUCUGCAGGCCACAAAGCCUCUUCGCCAAAAGAUUGGGGAGGCUUCGAGUAUUGCUCACUUGGAAAAGGUUGAACGUGGGUACGAGAACAUGGAUCAUUUUAGCGUUGACUUUAGAAGAGAACGCCGGGCCCUAAGAAGCAUCGACUUCAUUCAAGAUGAAGAUGAUGAAGAUGAGGAAGGGGAGACGGAAUCAAACGACACAGAGGUGACACAAUCUGUGCAAAGUCUGGCUCUGAGCUCGAGCAAGAGUCCCACUCCCCCCUCCAGCCCGCUUCCAAAUACCAAUGUGUGA